ACUCUCAUCAUGUCUGGAAGAGGUAAAGGUGGUAAAGGACUCGGAAAAGGAGGCGCCAAGCGUCACCGCAAAGUGUUGCGUGAUAACAUCCAGGGAAUCACCAAACCCGCAAUCCGUCGUCUCGCUCGCCGUGGCGGUGUCAAGCGUAUCUCCGGUCUGAUCUACGAGGAGACUCGCGGUGUGUUGAAGGUGUUUCUGGAGAACGUUAUCCGUGAUGCCGUCACCUACACUGAACACGCCAAGAGAAAGACCGUCACUGCCAUGGACGUUGUGUACGCGCUGAAACGACAGGGACGAACUCUGUACGGAUUCGGAGGAUAAACGACUUUAUUCAGGAGAAAUCCGACAAACCCAACGGCUCUUUUAAGAGCCACACACAAUCUCACAUAAAGAGUUCAUGUUUUUACUGUAGUGACAUUUAGUUAUAAACAAUUAUUGUAGUUUCUGAGUGAAUUGUACUUUUCUGUAAGUUCCUGAGUUUUUAGAAAAAUAAA